GGAAGUGGAGGUUGUUGUGGCUCCUCGGGUUGCGCGAGGAGCUACUGCUGCUGAGGCGGCAGCGUCGCUGAGGCCGUGGCGGCGCUGCCGGCCCCGGGCAGCUCCGCUUCUCUGCUAGCCACCCAGCCUCACCUGAGCCCGCCGGGGCCUGCACCGGCCAGCGCCUGCCCUAUGAGUGUGUCACUGGUUGUCAUCCGACUGGAGCUCGCCGAACAUUCGCCCGUCCCCUCCGGCUUUGGCUUCAGCGCCACCGCUGGGGAAAUGUCUGAUGAGGAAAUCAAAAAGAAGACAUUAGCUUCAGCUGUAGCCUGUUUAGAAGGGAAGUCACCAGGGGAGAAAGCAGCAAUCAUCCAUCAGCAUCUUGGCCGUCGAGAAAUGACAGAUGUGAUUAUUGAGACCAUGAAGUCCAACUCAGAUGAGCUAAAAGCUACAAUGGAAGAAAGGAAGUCUUCAGAAGCAUCCCCUACUGCACAGAGAAGUAGAGAUCAAAGUAAAGAAUGCAUAAACACUGCUCCCGAUUCUCCAUCCAAACAGCUUCCAGACCAGAUUUCGUUCUUCAGUGGAAAUCCAUCAGUUGAAAUAGUUCAUGGUAUUAUGCAUUUAUACAAGACAAAUAAGAUGACCUCCUUAAAAGAAGAUGUGAGGCGCAGUGCCAUGCUGUGUAUUCUCACAGUCCCCGCUACAAUGACCAGUCAUGACCUCAUGAAGUUUGUCGCCCCAUUUAACGAAGUAAUUGAACAAAUGAAAAUCAUCAGAGACUCUACUCCAAAUCAAUAUAUGGUGCUGAUGAAGUUUAGUGCACAGGCUGAUGCAGAUAGUUUUUAUAUGGCAUGCAAUGGCCGCCAGUUCAACUCAAUAGAAGAUGAUGUUUGCCAGCUGGUCUAUGUGGAAAGGGCUGAAGUGCUAAAAUCUGAAGAUGGUGCCAGCCUCCCAGUGAUGGACCUGACAGAGCUCCCCAAAUGCACGGUGUGUCUGGAGCGCAUGGACGAGUCCGUGAAUGGUAUUCUCACCACGUUAUGUAACCACAGCUUCCACAGCCAAUGUCUGCAGCGCUGGGAUGACACAACGUGUCCCGUUUGCCGGUACUGUCAAACACCAGAACCAGUAGAAGAAAAUAAAUGUUUUGAGUGUGGUGUUCAGGAAAACCUUUGGAUUUGUCUGAUAUGUGGCCACAUAGGAUGUGGACGAUAUGUAAGUCGACAUGCUUAUAAGCACUUUGAGGAAACGCAGCACACAUAUGCCAUGCAGCUCACCAACCAUCGAGUCUGGGACUAUGCUGGAGAUAAUUAUGUCCAUCGACUCGUUGCAAGUAAAACAGAUGGAAAAAUAGUACAGUAUGAAUGUGAGGGUGAUACUUGCCAGGAAGAGAAAAUAGAUGCCUUACAGUUAGAGUAUUCAUAUUUACUGACAAGCCAGUUGGAAUCUCAGCGAAUCUACUGGGAAAACAAGAUAGUUCGGAUAGAGAAGGACACAGCAGAGGAAAUAAACAACAUGAAGACCAAAUUUAAAGAAACAAUUGAGAAAUGUGAUAAUCUGGAGCACAGACUAAAUGAUCUCCUAAAAGAAAAGCAGUCUGUGGAAAGAAAGUGCACUCAGCUAAACACAAAAGUGGCCAAACUCACCACCGAGCUCAAAGAGGAGCAGGAAAUGAACAAGUGUUUGCGAGCCAACCAAGUCCUCCUGCAGAACAAGCUGAAAGAGGAGGAGAGGGUCUUGAAGGAGACCUGCGACCAAAAAGAUCUGCAGAUCACUGAGAUCCAGGAGCAGCUACGCGAUGUCAUGUUCUACCUGGAAGCGCAGCAGAAGAUCAACCACUUGCCUGCCGAGACCCGGCAGGAAAUCCAGGAGGGACAGAUCAACAUCCCCAUGGCCUCGGCCUCAAGCCCUCCCUCUUCAGGGAGUAGUGGGAAGCUGCCCUCCAGGAAGGGCCGCAGCAAGAGGGGCAAGUGACCUUCAAAGAAACAGACCUCUCUGAGACUGUUUUCCUGGCACUGCAAGGGUGUGCCAGGACCUUCAGCUAAAUGUGAGGGUGGGCCCUAAUAAGUACAAGUGAGGAUCAAGCCGUAGUCGUUUGGCUCUUUCAUUUGCUAGUGUGUGGUGUAAUGAAUUUAGAGGGUGCUGAUUUGGAGAGCUGAUGGAAAUGGGCAGUAUUCUAAAAGGUUAUAGUUCGCUAACCUCAGACAUUCUAAUGACCAUUUUGCCUUCCUGCUUGGUAGAUGCCCCAACUCUGCUGUUCAUUUCUCCAUUGUAUUUAUUGAGUUGGUGUAUUUGAUAUUCAGUUCUGUGGUAGGUUUAAGAUAUCAAGGUUUUGGGUUUUUUUGUAGCCACAGGUAACAUUACCUAGCACUAGAGCAAGCACCUAACCUCCCUGAAGUCAUAGCAGCUGCUUUAAAGAAAGGUUCCCGUUGGCUACUGAGGAGUUGUGAAAUUCCUUAGUAUUAGUCUCAUAUCAUUGUCAUCCCUCCCUUUCUCUGAGGAGUUGGAUUGUUUGAAUGUUAUAUGAAAAGAAGUUGGGUUGUAAACCAGGCACUAGCUUGUCACCAGCAGCCAUCUCUUCUUGCUCUAGGGCUAGCCAGGAAAAACAAACAACCCAGAGCAUACCGAGUAGGCCCAGUGUAGGAAAAAUGGUGGCAGUUCCAGUUUGUUUAUUUUCAGUGACUCCACACGUCAUUAUGAACCUCAAAUAAGGCUUAAUGGCUGCUCCAAGACUCCAAUCUCAGAGUGGAUUUCCUAGCUUCUAGCAAGAAUAAGCAGGGAGAUUUAUCAUCUAUGAGAAAUGCAGAGUGAGGCCUCUGACUAACUAAUUGUGUAUUUUGCUGGGAUCAGUAUUUUCUGAAUGUUUAACAAAAGAUUGGGCUGCACGUUCAGGUUGCAGCUAGAGGAAGCUUGGGCAGAUUUUCAAUUACGCUUUCAAGAUAUAACCAAAGGCUGUUUCUAAACCCUAAAAUUAGAAUUUCAACAGAGCCCCCUUUAAAACAGUAGUAAUGCUUGUUGUGGGCCUGUAGAGGGCUGUGUACUUUCUCUAGAACCGUAAACGUCAAAACAAUUUGUAACAUGCAGUUAUUGAGCAAAAUUAAAGUAAGUUGGAAUUUAGCUUCGGCAAGAGGUAGCUGGAUAGGGCUGAGCCCGUGGCGCACUCGGUACCGUGCUGCGCUAGCAGCGCGGCGACGCUCCCGCCGCAGGUUCGGAUCCUAUAUAAGGAUGACCGGUGCACUCCCUGGCUGAGCGCCGGUCACGAAAAAAAAAAAAAAAGAGGUAGCUGGAUAAGUUAAUAAGACUACUGUCAAAUGAUGGGUUUUGUUUUCUGCUUUAUAAUUAGCCAAAGGUUUCAAGUUAUUACAUUUUGGAAUUUUUAGCCUGUGAUCAGGCCUUAUCCCCUUUGACCUAAAUGUCUUACAUGUUACUUGUUUACACAUCUAUGGUAUCAUUAAUCACCAUCCAUUUUUAUGGGAUGUGCUAAAGCCUUUCCCAAAAAACCUUACCUGUAACUUUGCGAAAUGAAUGUACUCAGACAUUCUUAAUUUUUACUUAGGGCAGACCAACUCUGUAAGUCCUUCUUGGACUUCUAUAUACAGAUAUCUUAAAGCAAGAGUGGGAAUGUAAAGCAUAACCUAAUUCUCUUUCCUAUAGAGAUUCUAUUUUAUUUAAAAUCUAUUUUUACACUAGUUAGAAUCCUGCUGUUUUGGCCAAGUACUUGUCUUGCAUGUCUGACGUUGCAGAAGCUGGGGUGGAUCAGAGCAUACUAAUGAAGAGAAUUAGAAGUAGUUUACAAAGCUUGCUUGCUCCUCACUUCCCAAUGGUCUUCCAUCAAGCAGCCCUACCACCAGCUGGGAAGACAGAGAUUAUCAGCACAGGUAGGAUAAAUACUCUGAAAGGCUGUGCCCAGAGGAAUGAGCAAAUGGGCAAAUGUUGCCAAACUACUUGAAGGUUUAAAAAAAGUUUCAGGAAAAAAAAUCUUACCAAAAUAUGUAAAGAAAAUGUUUUUAGAAAACAGUCAAAGAGUCAUGUUUGAAUUUAACAAAUUUACAUAAGGUAGAAGCUGUUAGUGUUUUCUUCAGGAUGGAAAUGACAUCACUUAAUAUACGCAUACUACCUUGAACAAUGAAAUUGCAUUAAAACAGCCAAACUUUGAACUUA